AUGCGUCGUAACGGCGCACCAACCUUCUCGUCGAUCGCGUGCGGCCACGGCGUCCGUAGCGGCCGCUGCAGUAGCGGAAUGUUGGUGGCGCUCCACGUGCAGCAGCGUCGCAUUAGCUGGAAUCCACUGAAGUGGGGACGCACGGACGUGGGGCGGUCGAUGAAUCCGAAUCUGGAGGAGGAACUGCCGGAGAUCUUCGCUUCUCAGCCGACAGAGGUGGACGACUACAUCUGCCCAGAUAAGAGUCUGUUCGAGCGUCUGGAAGACUUCUGGGACUGGGCCGUGAGCUUCCUGCAGCCUGUGGAGAAACAGGUGGAGAUCAUGCGCAGCCUGCGCCACGACGGGUUCAUGUCGUUCGACCUCGGUGGCUGGGGCCACGUCUUCUUCUUCUACGGCCUGUGCAUGCGUGUGCUGACGCUGAUCCCGUCCCUCUACAGCCACCGCAACUCGCUGCGCAUGGCCCACAUCGGCCCGCAGAUAUCGGAGAUCACCAACAAUCAGAACAAGGCGAAGAAUGACCGCACCUUAUCGUCGGCAGAAAAACGUGUCAUCAAGGAUGGCUACAACCGCAUGAAGUACGUGCUGUGCAAGAAGCACAACUGCUCGCAGUGGAAGAGCUUCCUGACAACGCUCACCAUGCCCAUCACCAUGUCAGCUUUUCUGUCCAUUCGUCGCCUGGCGAUGUACGAGACGGAUCUCGAGAUGGCGCCGUUCCUAUGGGUGAAGGACUUGACAAUGCCGGACCCGACCUACGCGCUGCCGGCCAUCUGCGCCGGCAUGUUCCUGCUCAACUUCGAGAUGAACCAGCGCAUGCAGCGCGGCGGUCGCAGCGCUAGUGGCUUGUACGUGCGGUGGGCCGUGCGUGCGUCGUCUGUCGUCGGUAUCUACUUUUUCGCUGGGCAGCCGUCAGCCAUGUUCGCCUACUGGAUCGGGCUGUCGACGGCCGGCUUGCUGCAGCCGAUCCUCCUGCGCUGGCAGCCCUUCCGUGACUUCUUCCAGUUCCCCGAUCCCCCCCAGGCUGCCAAGUCGAACAUUAUCUGCGAGAUCAAGGGACCGUCACUGUAUGAGCGCCUCUUCGCAACUCAGGAGGAGAAGACUCGAUUGGAGGCGCAGCGCAAGGCAGACCGCAUCAAGAACAGCGCUGCACGCAUCGAGACGGUGUACGACUAUGAGGUUGUCUUUGACGAUGACGUGAAGGAAAGGCCGUCGGGGAACCGCAGAUGA